CAGAUCACAAUUUCUCUCUUAUAUGAAUGCAGUUGACCCCUGCCUGCUCAAUAGAAUGGUAUAGCCCAUGGAUCAGUCCUGUGUAAUGCAUACAUGGGCCGACCCAUGAGAGGUAACCUCAUGUCUGUCAGGUGACUAUCUCUAGGGCAAUGGUCUCCAACAUGUGGCUCUCCAACUGUAGCAGAACUACAACUCCCAGUAUGCUCAGACAGCCCAUAACUGUUGCUGAACUCCAUCCUCCAAGACAUGCUGACAGUUGUAGUUUUGAAGCAGCCGGAGAGCCGCAGUUUAAAGAUCACCAGGGGAUGAAUAAUCCAUCAUACCGUCCUAUAGACUGACAGAGGGAAUAAGUUGAAGCUGGUAACCCACCUAAGACCAAACAGCAAUUCCAGAUUUUACAGACCUACAGUGGGGAUCAAAAGUUUGGGCACCCCAGGUCUAUCGUGGUCUUACAAGUCAAGGAGAGCUCAUUGCUGCAAAGCAGGUGAUUUUACACGACUCAGACCCAGAGGUGUUCGCAAAAGAACAUAAAAAGUUACAGGAAGAGGUGGACUUGUUAAAAACACUAAAGCGCCCCAAUAUAGUCGAAUACUUGGAGACAUCCUAUGAAGACUCAGUGUUGACCAUCUUAAUGGAAUAUGUCCCCGGUGGCUCCCUUUCCAGCAACUUACGCCAAUUUGGUCCUCUGAAAGAAGUUCUGAUCAGCAAGUACACGAGCCACAUCCUGCAGGGCAUUUCCUACCUGCACCGGAACAGAGUUGUGCACCGAGACAUCAAAGGGAACAAUGUCAUGCUGAUGCCAAACGGGGUCAUAAAACUCAUUGAUUUUGGCUGCGCAAAACAUCUCAACAGUCUGAGCAAUAAUGGGACCCAUGGGGACAUGCUGUAUUCAUUGCUGGGUACACCAUAUUGGAUGGCACCAGAAGUGAUCAGCGAGUGUGGACAUGGGAUGAAGUCAGAAAUAUGGAGUAUUGGAUGCACAGUAUUUGAAAUGGCAACUGGAAAUGCCCCCCUGGCUCACAUGAAUGGGGUGCAGGCCAUGUGUUAUAUUGUUGUAGCGAAGGGACCUAUGCCAACCCUCUCAGAUCACCUCUCAGGGGACGCAAGAGAAUUUGUCAAUCUAUGCUUUACCAGGGAUCAGCACAUGCGACCAUCGUCAGAACAGCUCCUCCAGCACGCUUUUGUUCACUAAACGUCAUAAACAAUCUAUGUGCCAUCAGAUUUCAUAGUGUGUUGCCUGCUCAAAAGAAACCAGAAUGACUUGGCCAGUCCAAUGGCCACCAGUCAAUCAUUCGACAUCCAUGCAGUAAAUUGGGGGUCCUGCUUAUUUAAAAGGGUACUUGGGUGGAAUUUUGUUUUUAAAUCAGCUGGUGCCAGA